GCUGUCUUUGUUUACAGUAAAGGGAAGUGAACAGCGUAGCACAGUGUUCUAUUACGUUCAAGUGCUUUUAUUCAAAAAAGUACAAGCUAACAGCAUCGUCUAUUACUAGGAUCACAUCGCAGUUAUGGUGGCAAUGACGAAGAAGGUGAAAACCUUCCAAAUCACCCUAUCGGAUUCAAACAAGUCCUUUUACUGCGGCGGGGACAAGGUGUGUGGCCGAAUUGAAGUAGAGGUGAGCGAGGUGACUCGGGUGUCUGCAAUGAAGAUACUGGCUCUGGGCUGCGCCAAAGUGGAGUACGCUAAAGGCAAGCAACGGUGCCGCCAGGAGGCCGAGUACUUGCGCUAUGAAGAGGUCCUGCAGUUGAGCGAGCAGCCCACAGAUUCUGAUGGAUCAGUUGUCUUAAGGCCUGGUAAUAAAUAUGAGUACAAGUUUGGAUUUGAUCUUCCUCAGCAAGGGCAGCUGGUGUCUUCAUACAAGGGGAAGUUUGGUUAUGUCCACUAUUAUGUAAAGGCCUUGAUGGAGAGGCCACAGCAACCUAUUCUGGAGUGCAAGAAAGGCUUCGAGGUGGAGGAACCUCUGGAUGUCAACACACCAGAUCUGCUGUCUCCCACAGGUGGCACAAAGGAGAAGAAGGUCACCUGCAUGUUCAUCCCUGACGGUCAAGUGUCGCUGAAUGCAAAAAUUGACCGACGUGGAUUCUGUGAGGGCGAAGACAUUUGUAUCAAUGCGAAGUUUGAGAACACUUGCUCACGCAUUGUGGUGCCCAAGGCCGCCAUCAUCGCCAAACAUACGUACCAGGCCAAUGGCCGCACCAAGAUCUUCCGUCAGAAGCUUUCUUCAGUGCGUGGAAACCACAUUAUCUCAGGCAUGUGUGAUGCCUGGCAGGGAAAGACUAUCAGGGUGCCAAAGAUCAAACCGUCCAUGCUUGGCUGCAACAUCAUUCGUGUGGAGUAUGCCCUAAUGAUUUAUGUCCACAUCCCAGGUAGUGAGAAGCUAAUUCUAGAGCUACCUCUGGUUAUUGGAACUGCUGGUCUUGGUAGCCGUAGCAACAGUGUUAGCAGCCAAGAGGGUUCAGUCAGCAAUGCGUCUCAGAGUUGGGUGUCCCUCAGGAUGCCCUCUGAGCCUCCAAGUUACUGUGACAUCACUAAGGACUGCCGCCUGGACCAGCCUCUUACCCCGCUGCUGGAUGAUGUCGACUGUGACGACAGUCCCAUCUUCAUGAAUGCACCCAGCUUCCAGUACCCAUCACCUCCAACAUACACUGAGACAGAGGAGGAGUACAUUGGGAAUUCAGUCAUGCUUCCUGUCUGCUGAAGCUCAUCAGUGGGGAUCCUGGAGAUGUAUUCACUGACUAUUCUUCAAAGGCACUUACAAUGGAGUUGAGUUGCCCACACCAGAUGUAAAGCCAGGGAUAUAAAGAUAAAGACAAAGAUUCUUAUCACCGUGCUUCAUCACCUACAGUACAGACCAAAUGUUUGGACACACCUUCUCAUUGAAGGUGUGAAAUGAAAACAACAACAAUAAUAAUAA